GUUACCGCGUCUUUUAAACGUUAAAUGUUUAGGUGAGUCCUCUAACUCAUCGAUUGAUACUCGCAAAUGCAGUUUUUACGGAGCAAAAUUGCAUUGAUUAAUCGAUGAAUUAAAGAAAAACCUCGCCACUUUAUUUCGUAGCGGUGACGUAUUGACUGGUCGACGUUCGACGGCGUCUCAGUUCUUCGUGUAUUUCGUACGGAACGAACUGUUCGUUGAACGGCCUUGUGAUAGCCUUUACUCGAGCUAUACCUAGGCAAACAUUACCCUUCGAUCGGAACAAACACCGUGAGACGCCAGAAGUGCGAUCGCGUCUUAUAAUUAAUCAAUCCGUACGAUCGAUCGAUUCCCGAGCUUAAUGGCUGGACGCAGAUUUAUAAUUGUCUCAUAAUUGCUUAAUUACCUCGUCGCGCUACGUAAUCGUCAUCUUUUUGAAUGCAUUGCACACUUCGAACUCCUUCUUUUCCUUUUUUUUUGCAUACAAAAAUUUACUUAUCGGUUUCAGAAUUAAAGGAACGAAAUAUACGGAUAUUGACCAUAUCAAUGGUAAUAAUGAAAAAGCUUAUACGCGGUAUAUCCAGAGCUGCACUUUAUCAAUAAACGUUCACGUUUCGCGGGAUUUAGGCGUCCGAAAUGCAUCGCGUGUUCCGAACGCGCGUAACGCUGAAUUCCGAUAUUGCACAUCUCCAUUUUAAUUAACCUGACUUUAUUACGUUGAAUCCGCGUCGCGCGUGUAGGACGAAAUUGUCGAAAUCCGUUCGACGAAUGUCGCUUUCGAACUUCUGGGUCAUUAACGGAACGCGGAUUACGAAUGUACGCGGAUUGAUAUUAAUUGCGAGUGUCACUUGUUAUUUAAUUAACAAGCGGAGUCUGUCUCUCGUAAUUUUACAUUUGAGCACCUGUCAACUGCGUAGCGCGAAAAUGUCGAUGUUUGAUCGACGACAGCUCGACAAUUGUGAAAACUCUUUGCCAUUCAAGGACUGUUUAUCGCGUUGAUUCGCGAGACGCGAUGGGUACCGGCUGAAUAAUAGCUUUUUGCGAUCGCAUCUUUUUCUCACAUUGUUUUAGUACGUCAAUGGCGAAACGCGAGCCAGGGGUGAUUAUCGGUAUAGUGCAAAAUACCGCACGUAAUAUCGUCAUGAGAGCUACGUAGGAUUUUCGAAGAUUAACGCGUAAUGAAUCGUAAUUAAUUGAGUUUUCGUGAGCAAGUGACAUAAGACGAAGGACAAAGGCGCGGCAGCAGAUGCAAUGGAAUUGUUCUAGUCGUACUUGUCAUGGCCGUCCUGGCGGGCGUCUCGGCGCAGGAUUUCAGGCAUUUUUUCGCGGGAUUUGGUCCUUAUGGAACCUUUCGAGCCGCACUGAGAGAUCCCAGAUCAAAUAGGGGUCCGGUGUUAUUUCCAGCUGGGCCGCCACCUAACACAGCUGACAGCAGCGGGAUCGUCGUAGGCGCGAGCGGAUACGGAUUCGUGCCACCCAGAGCAGGUUACUUCACCUACUUCUACUACUAAAUGAGGGACCGCGCGAGGAUGAUGACGCGAAAAGAAAAUGGUGGUCAAGGUUUCGGACGUCACGGCUGGCGGACUCUAACUGGACAUUGUGGUAGACUAGUACAGCGUUACAUGGUGGUGCGUGUCCAUCGAAGGAAGGACGAGCCAACGGAGUGGUUCUUUUUUUCUUCUUCUUCUUCUUCUUUCUAACUUAACAAUAGACUCUUCUCCGUGAUUGGCGGCGUGGGAGUACGCCUACUUCCCGUGAACUUUGCCGGAUUGCGUAAGGUUCGCGGGGCAAAGGAGAGCUAUUAGCGCGAAAUGUACAAAUAGAGAAAUACGUGCGAUCAUAACGAUAAAGAAAUCUUUUUUUCCCCUCUAAAAAGCCAUCAAGUUUCCUCCUAAGGUGCGCAAAGCGCGGCGCGCGCGAAAUAUCCCCGAGAUGAAAGUACGACGGAACAGCGCGGCGAACGAGAGACCCGUGUUUCCUUAUCUCCUUCGAUUAGGCAUCGCACCCUUAGGAAUGCCAACGAGACCAAUAGCUAGUUAGCAUGGCUAAAUAUGGCCGGCCGUAUCGAAAUCGAUAUUACACCACUGUUGGUCUCGACCUGGCCUAACGGCGGGUAAGGUAAUCCCGUAAAACACGAGCAACGUCCGCGUAAUGAAGUCCACGAAAGUACAAGUCGUACUUUAUGGCGUAUUACUACGGGUACUAUAUUCGCGCCUCCGCGUGGCGGCAACGCUCAGGCGUGUAUAUAAUUAGUGGCCGAGCCAGAAUGCACACCGGUGCACUCCCGACAGUGCGAUCCUAGAACAAAAGCGAACGGUAUGAAUGGCGAUCCGCUCCGCGCCUUGCGAGAGAUAUUCGCUUAUGAAACAAGAUCGGGUAAAUAGAGGUAGGCUCGGCGCGCGCGCACCGUUGGAUCCCUUGAAAAUGAUUAAGAGACGGCGGUACAUUUCGUGCCGACUGGUAAAGUUAUUUAUUGCGACCGCGAUGGCGAUUUAAUUAAGCGUAGGUAUAUAGUACCGUUUUCGGGCGAGCAGCCUUUACCAUCUGCUCGUAUCGUGUUCAAAUUGUUCAUGCGCCUUAAUAUAAAUAAUAUAUUUAUAUAUGUAAAUGUGAUAGAGAGAAAGAGAGAGAGAGAGAGAGCAAGAAAGUGUAUGGGGCAUGAGGCCGCGAAUCAAUGGCGGGGUGCCGCGGUCGCUUUCGUUUCCGUGUAAUUCGGUCAUGGUUCUUUAAACGCGAAAGAUAUAUACCGCGUUCUACGUUGGUGCAUUUGCAAAUGCCCGGCUAAUCUGUUCCGCACGCGCCCGGUUUUAAUCGCGCACGGUGGCGAAAAAUACGACUACAGCCUCAUUGAUCCGUGGCCGAAAAAGACACCUGCAAUGCAUACCGGUUAAUUAUCUCACCCUUGCGUAAUUUUCGCAUAAGUACGGUCGAUUUUAGAAGAUUUUUUUUGUAAGUUUUCGUACACAAGGAGUGUGUAAAUAUUAAAUGUAUAAUUUGCAGGAAUAAAGUAAAAUUAUUAUCUAUGAA